GAAAUUCUCACACAACGCAUGUCAGAAGCAAACGCCAUAACGGGAGACGAGCUUCCCACUCGGUGGGAAAUCGAACUUGAGUUCGUCCAGUCUUUAGCUAACAUCCAGUACUUGAGUUAUUUGGCCCAAAACAAUUACUUGAACAACCCGGAAUUUCUUAAUUAUCUCGAAUACUUAAACUACUGGAAACUGCCUGGUUUUGCAAAACACUUGGUUUAUCCCAACUGUCUUCACAUUUUAACGCUUCUACAGAACGAGGAGUUCCGCAAAAAUAUCGUGAACCCCGACUUCAUCAACACGGUGAUGAAUGAUAUGGUGAAGAGAUGGAGAGAUAGUGAUGUUGCUGAAGAGAAGCUAGAAGCUCCAGAGAACAGCGCCAACGGGACAGAAAAUGGAGCCAUGGAGAUAGAUAACGUCGGAACAGAGAAUGACCGAACAGAAAAUGGAGAAGCUUUGAAAAAUGGACUGUAGCUGAAAGGAUGAA